UUGGAUUCAUUGAGUGCAACAUCGUGCGCAGAGUCCGAUGACAUUUGCGUGCCAAUGAAAAUAAAAACAGCUUUCCUGGAAUAAUAACAGAGCAAUAGAUCCAAAGUGCAUUAGAAAGGAUUUCCAACGAUUUUCGGUCAAUUUUGUUCAUGUGAAUGAGUAACUGAAGCACUCAGAGCCCUGAAGAACGUUAAAAUCUGUUUAGAGUUGUUUUCUCAAUCGUUAUGGUGUAAUGAGAGAGUAAACAAGUGUCUGUGACGUGUCCUGGGAGUUUUUAGUUCGUAAUUGCGAGUGGGAUGAUAUUUAUUAGAGAUAUUUGAGGGGGACGACAAUCCUUCAAUUUUAAGAUCAUUGCUGGCUGUUGGAGGAGGUUAGGAUAGCGUUCAGUGGCUGGAGAAGCGUCCACACCCGUUUUUUAAUCAAGAACCAUCAACAAUGGGUAUGUGUAAUGACUGCAUGUCCAGGGUGCCUUAUGCCACCCUGAUUGCCACGAUAAUGUGCUGCCUGGGUGUGGGAAUAUUCUGUGGCACCAUGUACAGAGGUGCUACGCUCACUGCACUCAUGAUGGAGCAGGUCUUUUACCUUCGACUGAGCUGGCUGGAAGCCCUGCAGUUGAUUUUCGCAACACUCGGUGCAUGUAUGGCUGCUCUCGGGUUCAUGAUCCUUUGUGUGGGCUGUCUGGCUACUGGUGCUACCAGGCACAAAGUUUAUCGAGCCUGGAGGGCUAGGGUUGGAGGUCGAAUCACUUGUGCUGUGUUUAUGACAAUUACUUAUGUCCUGACACUCGGAUGGCUCUUGAUCUUUGCAUUUUUGGUCAUUACGACGUUGAUCUUCACGAUAUUCUGGGGAUUGUGUGGAAAUCCUCGUAUACAGUCGGCUGCUGAUUGUAUAAAUUUCACGCAAUUUGAAUUUAUGUUCCCCAGCAACAUGAGGGAUGAAGACCUGAAGAUCUGUGGCCCCAAGGAAAUAAAAGACUUCUGUAAAGAUGGCGUUGAGAAGGCAGAGGUCAUGUUCAUUCUGGCAACAGCAGCGUCGAUGCUAGUGAUUCUCAGCUUGGUCCACUACCUGAUGUGUCUCUCAGCCAACUACGCACACAUUCGCGAUCACGAGAAGUUCCAGGAACUUCAGGAGCUCCAGUACCUCCAAGAUCCUGGUGAUGGGGAAUCUCCACAGCAUGGGAUGGGCACACUGACCCACCACCGCAGCAAAGACAGGUUCUAGGAUACAGCCCGCGAGAUCUUCGCCCUGACCCCCAUUUGAAGUCUCCCAUAUUUCUAUUCAUUUAUUUUAAAUAACUUGGGGGAGAUAAAUGAAUCUCUUUCGUCGUACAACAUCAAUCGCACUUUGGGUAAUUCCUUAUCGUUAUAGAUUAGGUGCCUACAUAUCACUAACAGAAAAACAAGAAUUUGGAGUCAAAAAUAUUUUGAUCUAUGCAAAACUGAAGAGAAUUUGUUUUAUUUUUUAUUCGAGAAUUGAAAUGCUUUUGACUUCACAUUUAUUUUUGGGAAAGAAUCAGAGUAGUAAACUCAUUUUAUUCAGUUGGGGAUCCAUCGACCGGAAGAUCUUGCGGGAAGAAGGAUAAAUGAUGAGGAAAUCUGUUGUGAAAUGCUAAAAUGUCAUGAGUCGAAAUUCACGUUUUUCUUAAAUAUGACUUUUUUUUACUAAAUCAUCCAUUGUCGAGAGAAUUCAGUAAUUAACAAUCGAUAAAUAAAGUUCAAUGUGGAACACUCGUUAAUUACCUGAUUAUCUUGGACGUGAUGGAGAAAAGUUAAGACAUUUUUUGGCAAAAUCAGUUGUGCAGAUAUAACACAUCAUACGUAACGAGACGUGAAAAUCGAUUCACUGCGUUUUAUCACUUCACGGUUAAAAUUAUUUUCGAAAGUCUCACGUGACAAUCAAACAUAUCUUCCAAUUGCAUUUUUUCUUACGUUCAAUUAUCUCUAGUUCACGUGAGAGAUACGGUUGUGCAUUCAAUGAGGUUUAUUUAAUCUUAAGCUUCGUCAAAUUAUUUAUAUAAUUUUAUACCCAAGAAAUGCACAAAUUGAUUGCAUUCCACGGCCUCGCACUAUCGUAUUAAUUAAGUAGUACCACGAAUUCCUAUUUUUGUACUGGCAAUAAUUUUUGCUCAUUUGAUAUUUGGUAUGAUUAUUCAUUUGUUGCACAAAGUGUGUUCAUUUAUAUUUUUUAUUAAAAAAAUAGAGGUUAAUAAGGGCGCUAUUUUGAGGGAGAGCAUUCGGUUGCAAUAAUCAAAAAACCGGUCUGGUGUAUCCAUUGCAUUUUCAAUUAUACUUGUACUAGGUUAACUAACAAACAACAACAUUGUCUAAAAUAAGUACAAAUUUAUCAGAAACACAAAAUAUGUCGAAGGCCAAUUUGAUACAGCUAUCAAUUAUCCAUAGUUUGGCGAUAAUUUUUGUUUUUAUAUCCAAUUUUUCUAAUAAUACUCCACUUCAUGAGAGAUGGAAUGGUUAAUUAAGUUUAUGAAUUCCGUAGUGAAGUGGUGAAAAGGAGGAAGUAAAACCAGAUUUGAAGAUCAUAUUGAGAAUGAAAUAUCUCUAGAAGGAAGAGGUUUGAAAGGGAAUGCCAAUAGACGUCGUCUAUGGGGAAUCCUACGGUCUAUAAGAAAGGAAUCAUGACAUUUUUUUCUGCAGCUCUUCCUUCCGAAGCUAUUCAUAGGCCUACCUCAUGUUUUUUACCACUUCCCUACACAAUUCAUUCCGCACAUUUCUCUCGUUUUACAUUAUUUUUUGUUAAAUGAACAAUUUAUAUAUUUUUAAUUGGGGAUUAGAUAAGUAAUGAGACAUGAGUGGAGAAGUGGUGCAACAGUUCAAGUCGAAUUAAACAUGAAUAUUAUUCUAGGAGAAAAUAAUUUUAGGACAUAUCAAAGACUUUUAUCCAAUGAAGAGAUUCAAGUGGAGAAUAAAAUAUCUACCAGUAGCGUGAUCACCUCUGAGGGGUGCAUCUUUACAAGAAUCAUGUCAGGACUUGUUGUAGGGAAUUUUCUCGGCUACAAAAAAUAUCUUUCACCUUUUUUUCUUUUCGUCACUCAUUAUCGACAGUGUUGUCAGAUCGUAACGUCAGCCCAUUUAAAAUUGUACAGGAUUUGGCUAUAAAUAGCCAAAAUCUGGCAACCCUGAUUAUCGAGAUGAUUCCAUAAUUAAAUCUUUUUGAACAAAUUGUCGAUUCGAAUCUAGUCGCCACUUCUCCACGAAAUAUAUUGCUCCACUUGUGCAGUUUAUUUACAAAAAAUGUACUAUUACUGCUGUGCCAAAUUCAUCAAAGGUGAGGCUAAAAUUGAGGAGCUUAAAGAGUGAAAAAUGCGUAACUGCAAAGGUUGAAGGAACAUUCUCAGACAUACGUCCAUAUAGAAAGUAUUAUAUCUGUUUUCAUUGCGUUCUCAUUCGCUCAAGACAUUUUUCAAUACGGCGUGACUAUUCGCACCAAAUACGGGUGAUGUGCGGAUAAUGUACGGGUCAUACGGCUAAUCUAUGGGUGGCCUGUCGGUUCAGCCUGAAAUACGGGGUAAAUGUCUUGUACGGAUUAAUGUACGGGUCAAAAAUGACCACUGCUAAGUUAUCUGAACUGACUCAUAUUAUCUACCUGAAUUAUCUGCACGGGCUACAUCUGUAUGGGUUCGUCAUUUUAUAUGGAAAUAUUGGAUACCACUUAAAUACUGAACUUAGAUUCACGUGGCUGCAUUUUCAACUUGAAAAAAAAAUGGAAUAAUUUUUAGAAAAAAAAAAGAAUAUGUACGAAAAGAAUUUGUUCUUCCUUUUUCUAACAUAAUCUCUGUCCGAUUUGACCCAUCAUGGACGAAAAAAUUCGAUAGAAAAAUCUAACGAAUUGAAUAGAAUAUUAGAUUGUAUUUCUAUUCAACUCCUAUUGAAAACUCUAUAAUAAUCACUAUAGUUUAUAGCUGUUCCUAUGGAAUAAUUCCGCAGGUUUACAACGCGUUUUUUUCAUAGAAAAUGUCCAAGAGAACGCAUUUCAUAAAGAAAAUCAGUAGUAUUUUAUCUUUAUCUUUAUCUUUUUUUCAUACACACGUGUGACAUAUUCUAUUUUUUUAUGAAUUCACUAUUCGAAACGGUAGUGGGGGAAAAGUAAUUGGUUUUGUAUACAAGUGCGCAAAGCCCAAGAGCGUGCGCAGAGUGAAUUUCGAGUGCGUAGCACUUUUCAGGCAGAAAAACAUAAGAACAAAAUUGCACUACUUUUGAUUUUUUUCCCACCAGCAAAUUGGAGUCUCCCUUCAGAACAAUUAUAAAUUAAUUUCAUUCCCUACAUCGAUUAUUCUCACAUUUUUUGAGAAUCCUAAAACUGCUCACAUUGUCGAAAGACAUAUUUUUUUGCAAUGAAAUGUGUCAAGAUAUAUUCAAAUAAAGCGACAAAAAAAUUUGAAAAUUCAAACAGAAUAAAAAACAAAACAUUUGGGUAUGAAAUUUUGUUCUCUAAAAUUAAUAUAUUGAGUUGAAGGGGUUGGAACCUGUUUCGGAUUCCGUAUAAACUCCUUUAUUUGUCUUCGCAAAUACACAAUCAAAAAAUUUGAGGAAGUUUACAAAUAACAUUUCCUCAUCAGGAAACGCUCUCAACUUUUUCAGAAUUUUUGAUGAUGUAGAAACAUAUAGGCAAUAUAUGCUCACUCGACGAAGAAUCUCUCAUAUAUCGAAAAUUCUAUAAAUGGCAAUAAUACUUCAAUUUACGCGUUUAUACAAUUCGAAAUCUGCAAAUUUGUUCAUGUACAACCGUCCAGCUAAUUUGACGAGAUGAUUUGGUUCCGUUCAGAUAAUUCGGUAGCAGUCACUUUUCGCCCGUAGAAAAAUCCGUAGAAGACAUUUUUACCCCGUAGUUUAGGCUCAACCGACCGGCCCCCCGUAGAUUAGCCGUACGACCCGUACAUUAUCCAUACCUCACCCGUAGAUCACCCGUAUUUGGUGCGAAUAGUCACACCGUUUUCAAUAAAGAAAUUACGAAGAUAAAUUAUGAAUGCAACUCUAUAUACAUUAUAUAGAUAUAUAAUGACGAAUAUAUUAUUGCUUUGUCGAAAGUCUUUGAGAAUCUGCGAUAUUUAGUGACAGCGUCAGUGUUAGGUGAUUGUCAUUAAACAAAAAAAUUCCAUCGAUCACCAAAUUCAUGUACAAAUGAUUGAGAAAAAUCGACUAAACUCAAUGAAAACAUUCGAAACUGUCUACAUAUCAAACGGCAGCUAAAUACAUUCUUUAUUUGGUACUGAAGAUUAAGACACGUUUCAAAUAUCUGUGUUGAUACUAAUUACGUAGAUGACAUCUACAAAAUAAAUGAGUAAAGCGUAUUAUAUAAAGAGAGAGAUUAUCCAAUUAUCGUUCGUAACUCGAGAUUUAAUGUUUAUUCACCUGAAUCGCUAUUUAUGUUUGCGUUCAGGUAUGUAUUGUAAUCUUCAAUUUCUGAAGGAGGUAAUAAAGAUGAAUAUUGCAGAA